GUAGAACAAAAUUUACAUACCCGUCGACAAACACAACAACACAACUUCAUGAUUCAUUCUAAUGUAAUACAAACUCUCAAGACACAUCAAUCUCAUUAACCAUCAUUGCAGAGGAUCAGUAGUCAAUAUGUUUGCAGCUAGGGAUCAAGAGAAUCUGAUUCAUGGCCAUCAACAAGUCGCCGCCUCUAAGCCCCUCAAUCAAGGCACCAGAAGUUUGCAGCCAAAGACGCCGGGAAACAAAUUCCCAAAGACGCCAUUGAAGGUCCCAUUGAACGAUGAGAAUGCGCCAGGAGGAUUUGGGGGGAAGGGAUCUGUACUCGGUACAAAAGGCAAGGGUUUGGGUGGAAAAGAUGCGACCUUUAAUAAGAAUGCUUUUGUGACACCCGUUGGUCCUCGCAAUCGAGCUCCCCUUGGUAUGAAAACUACGAAUGCGAAAACUAAAGUAUUCCAAACUCCCGUAGGUCCCGCACCUGAGAAGGAUCUCGAAAAGACUGUGUCAAAACAAACGAGUGCUCGCAGACCCAAGCAUAAGGUUUCGGAGAAGGUUAAGAUCGAUGUGCAUGGAGAUGAAAGCCCUCUAAAUGAUGUUGAAGUCGAAUACAUGCCACCAAGAUCCAAGGAUCUACCUUAUGAUUCAGAUACCUUCCCUACUGGUUGUCUCAAUUACGAUAUGCUUAAACCCGAAAACCUCACCAAAGGAGCGCUCAGCGAAUUCUACAACACCAAUGAUAAGAGUGGAAGAUCGAAACUCGAGCGAGAUCUAGAGAUAUCUUCAGUCGAGCGAGCGAAGAAGACGGAUGCUCAAAUAUUGGCUUCAAUGGAGGAGGACUGGACUGUUGGUGAUGUCCCCGAAACAUUCAGAAGUUUCAAGACGAAAGGACCAUCAAAACAGACUAAGGCUACAGUCCCCAAAGAGCAGAAACCAAAGGCUCCAAUCUCAAGUAGGGGUCCUACAGCAAUUGCAUCUCGUCGAGCAGCAUCCGCUUUAUCAACUCUUCCAAGAUCGGCAAUGGAACCUUACAAAAGACCAUCAACAGCAAUUCCAAGACCAACUUCAUCACUUUUGAGAGGUAGAAAGACUCCAACUUUUGCUCCUGUCACAAAUAGCACUAUGCGUGCUACGGCUGCCACAGCCGCAUCUAGAAGUACCAUUGGUUAUACUAAAGGUAGAUCGGCUUCUAACGUUCUUCAAAAGAAAGAUGCUCCAACUCUUACCCUGAAGAGAACAAAUACUUUACCUCGCUCAACCAGCAAUCUUUCUCAUGACUCAGAUAGUACCAUUACCCCCGCCCGUUUUGCUCAGAAAGAGAAUUUGUCGAAUCCAGAGUACAAGAAAUUGGAUUUCUUAAGUGCUUUUGAGGUUGAUGAUGAGGAAUUGGAACCAGCUUUGAAAUGUGGUUUGCCGGAGUGUUUGAUAAAAUUUGAUGAGGAUGAAGAGGAUUUCGUUUUGACAAUUGGAGAUACGGAAUAGGGGUUUUUUCAUUUGUAUCAAAAAGAUCGGUUUUGGUUUUGGUUGUAUUAUGAUGACUAUGGUGUUAUGAAGGGUGUGAAAAUGGAGUAUGGAUGGACAAGAUACCAUGACUUGUGUACCUCUACUUAAGUGUUGCAUGGUAUACAAUAUUUCUCUCUUAUGUUAUUUGGUGCGAUGCGGUGCAAUUACUAUGUUUGUAUGAUAUGAUACAUUGGGAAAGUUAUUCUUUAAGCUAUUAGUUAGAGAGUAGUAAUUAGGACUAGCAUAUGUCUUUUCAAACA